UCGAAUCAAGCGUCCCCGGGAAAACAGUCGCAGGACAAGAUGACUGCGGCCGCCGCUGCUGCGUGUGUGUGAUGCGCGUGUGGCUGUGUGUGUGUGAGUGUGUGUGUGCGUGUGUGUAUGUGUGUGUCGACUUCCCAAAAUGAAAGUUUAUUGUGGACCGAGGGAAAUCUUGAGAACCGGGGAGGGGGAACACCUCCCUCUGUCGCCCUCAGCUGACAUCGAGGGAAACAAAACUGGAGCUCCGACCGCACAGUUCCUUCAGCCGAAGGGCUUCAGAGAGCAUCUUCGGGGUUCCACAGAAAGGAAUUCGCAAAGACUGCAGAUGAAAUAUGGAGGGAUUGGUUUCAGCAGAGUCACUACUGGCAGCCCUGAGAGGAGGAGAUAAUUACCAUUUUGACAAGCUUUGAUCACAGCUCCUACCUCCUGGAGUCACCAGGCCCUUGAAGACACAGAUAUUCUCCCCUCCGUUGACUUGCUGGAGUAUCUUCAGUUCAUCCUGAGUGGACCCCAACCCUGACCCCCGAUGACCUUGUCCUAAGUAGGUCAUCGUCACAGUGACGUUGGAUUUCUUUGCCUCUCUUUGCGCCUUUAGGUUACUCUGAUAUGAAGAGAGAAGAGGGUGGAAAGAGCAAGAAGGGUGACCUCCCGUUCUCCGAGAGGCAACCGAAGAGAAAGAUCCUCUCCGCUUGUCAUACAGGUGAUCUGAUACCUCCCCGGCUUUUGAUCUCCUGUUCCCUGCUCUCUCUUCACACGGCCAGCCAGUGACACCUGAGCAGCCGACGCCUUUGGCACCUGGCCCCCCCCGCCGCCUGACACUGGUUCCUCAUUCAUCUUUAACUGUCCCUGACGUUCGCUCCAUACACUCUGGCCACAUGUGCUGUUGUUUACGGGGCAUUUCCCCCCCACCGUUUAGGGGGCCCUGGAGGAACCAGAGCCCCACCAUAUGCUAAUCAAAAAGAGCAAAGGAGGGUCCCCCCACCAUCGCCACGGGUCAACGCGCCUCUCCUUCCGCAGACGGCUCAGCACACUUCCCCCCGAAAACGUCUUCAAUGACGUGAUGUUUGUGGUCGGGGGUUGGACCCAGGACGACCCAUCCUGUUUGGUAGAACAGUUCUGUCCUGAGUACAACGAGUGGAGAACAGCAGCACGCAUGGUCCACAGUCGUGGCAAUGUGGCUGUGGGCUCACUGGAUGGCAUGAUCUACACAGUGGGUGGUGGAGAUAACGUCCGAUGUUACAGCAAUGUGGAGAGGUACAUCCCGGACACAGACAGCUGGAGUACAGAUGUAGCACCCUUGAGCAGCCCCCGUAAUGGAGCGUGUCUGGUUGCGAUGGAUGGAUACCUAUAUGCCAUUGGAGGACACGAUGGCAUUACUGCUAUGAAUACUGUGGAGAGGUAUGAUCCAAAAAUGAACACAUGGAGCAAACAGGCACCAAUGCUGAGCAGACGCACCAGAGCAGUGGCUGCUGUGCUUGAGGGUCACUUGUAUGUGAUCGGAGGGAAUGAUGGUGACAUGGCUCUGAGCUCAGUGGAGCGGUACAGCCCUGUAGACGGUAUCUGGUUGAUAUGCGCCCACAUGCUGAGUCCCAGGGAGAAUGCUGGCUGCACCGUGUACCAGGGACAAAUCUACGUUGCCGGGGGCAAAGACAAGCUCAACCUGGAGCUCUGCGCUGCGGAGAGGUUUGACCCCGACACCAUGAGGUGGUCGCCGGUCAAAUGCAUGAGGAGCAAGAGGGACAACAUGUCCCUUGUAGUCUUCAAUGGUGCCUUGCUGGCUGUGGGAGGCUCUGAUGGUUUCACCAAUCUGAAAACAAUAGAAGUCUACAGCCAUGAAACCAACACAUGGAGACACUUUGGAAGCAUGAAGAGCAAGCAUCCAGGGGGGAGAGUGGCUGUGCUGUGCUGAGACUCAACAAAUGCUCAUAUUGUAUGAACAGGGCAAAAGUUUGAGAGAGAAAUAGCUUAAUGGAUGUGUGCCGGGCUCCAGGAAACAUGGUGACACGGUUCAAGUAAGGCAGCAUAAUGGCUGAAUAAUAAAAGAGUUCGCUCCAAAAUGAGACAGCCCUGCAUUAGUCGAAGCUGGCAACGGCUGUAACAAAAUGACGGUGAGCAUUCAAUUAAAGAACAUUAUAGGCUACCAGGUUGCCAUUAAAGUUAUGCGUCCUUUUGUGUCUCUAGCUCACAAAACAGACCUCUUUUAUAGAGAUAAAUAAAAUAAAUUCCAGGUUGCAUUUUCUUUCCCUAUGAACGCAUCAAAUUUUGGAUCGACAACCUUCAAAUACAGAUUGAAUAUGGUACUGACAUUAUGUUAGACAAAGAUAAUCACGGUGUGGAACAUGACAAAGUGAUGUAGUGUUUUAAGGGAUAGUACAUAAGUGACACUUGUAAAUACUGUGAUUUCAUAUUCAUUCAUGAUUGUACUGAGUAAGUAUUAAUAUGUAGUAACAGCCAUGAGGAUAGGACGAACGGCGGCAGCAGCAGCAUGGAUUUAAUGCAGGUAUUUGGUUAAAAGAAAGUUCAGGAUUUGGACGUUUAAAAAAAUACUCAUACAGUAGGUUACAGGAUAACUGUAUGAAGUGGUCAUUUUAACCUGGAUAUAUGGUACAAUGAUGCUUUGAAGGUGAACAACUUGGUGGCAGAAAGUGUACUGAAUGUUUCAACCACGGCUCCUUUAAAUAACAUAGGGAUGCAGAGUAAUGAUGUGUGUUAUAUGAGCCUUCUUGCUUCAGUCAGUUUGAGUCAUCUGGGAAUGUGUUUAUAUUUAAUCUCUGAAAUGCAGAGGUUAAUCAUAUGACACGUUUUGUUUGUGCAUCGGCUCCUGCGAUUUUCUGUGAUGCCAUCGUGCAGGGAAAGACCCACAACAAUGAGUGUAAAACAGACGUCCC